AAUUUAACCAUUUGAGUGCAGUUGACGGUAUUGUUCAUGUGUCCGGUGUUCAGUUUCUUGGAAAUCAUGGAAAUUAAAUGAAAAAAUCUCCGACCGUUAGUACACUGGGAAAAAAUUAUUUCAGAUUAAAAUUCGGCUUCAAAUUCCAUCAAGAAACGCGAAGUAAUUUGCGGAAAUUGGAAAAUAUGAAAUAUUAUCAAAAUUAAUGCAGCCGGAAAAAAUGGCGAAAUUGGGAAAGAGAUGGAAGAGUUGUCUGUCAGCAAAUGCACUGACCCUACUGACAGUUCUUGGUGUACUUGGAGGUGUUGCCCUGGGGUUCAUCUUGAAAGCCUCGAAGGAUUCGUGGUCAAAACGUGAGAUCAUGUACAUUAAUUUCCUUGGCGAUCUUUUCCUUCGAAUGUUAAAAGGUCUCAUUUUGCCGCUCAUCGUUGCCAGCAUUGUCAGUGCCAUUGGCAGUCUCGAUCUCACAUUAUCUGGUAAAAUCGGUAUGAGAUCUGUUUAUUAUUAUGCCACAACAACUAUUUGUGCUGUGAUACUCGGAAUUAUUUUGGUUUCAUCGAUACAACCUGGGCAUAUUGGUGACAAGAACCUUUUUAAAACUAAUGAAGAUCUUACUCCACCAAGAGACGUCACUACUACCGACACUCUUCUAGAUUUAGUCAGAAAUAUCUUCCCGCCCAAUCUGGUGCAAGCCUGCAUUAAACAAUACAGAACGACCCUCACUAAACCAGACAAUGCUACGGAGAGUGAAGCGAAUGAUAUUUUGCAAUGGAAAAUCGGACACGUAUACGGCGAUGGUACCAACACCCUUGGACUCGUUAUUUUCGGGAUUAUUCUGGGUAUUGCCCUUGGAAAAAUGGGCGAAUCGGGACAACCACUUCGCGACUUUUUCACUGCACUUUCUGAAGCCAUGAUGAUCAUCACCAACUGGGUUAUCUGGGUGUCGCCCAUCGGUGUUACUUUCCUCGUUGCCUCGAAAAUUUUGGAAAUCGAUGAUCUUGGGGCUGUGGUCGGAACCCUGGGACUGUACUUCAUGACUGUUCUCCUGGGGCUCUUCAUCCACGGCUUCGGCACACUGUCCUUAAUUUUCUUCGUAUGCACACGACAGCUACCGUUUAAAGCACUGGCUAAAAUGAGUCACGUCAUGGUUACCGCCUUCGGAACCGCGUCAAGUUCUGCAACUCUACCGAUUACUCUACAGUGUUUGGACAAUAUGGGGGUGGAUUCCAGAAUAUCGAAAUUCGUGGUGCCAAUCGGAGCUACAAUCAACAUGGAUGGCACUGCACUUUACGAGGCCGUGGCUGCCCUGUUCAUCGCUCAAGUCAGAAAUGUGGAGAUGUCGUGGAGCAAAAUCAUCGGUGUGAGUAUCACAGCAACAGCAGCUAGUAUCGGUGCAGCUGGAAUUCCUCAGGCUGGAUUGGUGACCAUGGUGAUGGUGUUGGACACUGUUGGACUCCCCGCCGAGGAUGUCACCCUAAUUGUAGCAGUCGAUUGGCUUUUGGAUCGAUUCAGAACGACAAUCAAUGUUGUCUGCGAUGCACUAGCAGCGGUAAUUAUUGAAAAAAUGAGUAUGGAGGAGCUGCGACGAAUGGAUGCACCAAAGAGCGAAGAAAUCGUGGAGCUCACACACUUGAACAAAGCUGAGGCAUGAGCAUUAAUUUUUUGCCUUAAUGAGAAUGCGACCAAGUACUGCCCAUCAAUUGAUACUUAUCGCAAUUAUCGUGUGAUUACACUUUAACAAUACUCAAAGGGCUUGCCAUAUAUUUUUUAUUAUUAUGACGAAGCAUUUGUAGAAAUGCAUGACGUGUUGUUGUUCUCAUAUCUAAUUAUUCUGUCGAUGGCUGAAGUACUCAAUCCUUAUGAACAAUUUAGAUUGUUACGGCGAGCGAUGCGGUAAUAAUUCUCUCUUGUUUUCAUAAAAUAAUGGAGAAACCGGCGAAAACAAUUGAUUUGUGGGUAAGUUAGUGGGUGAAUGACAGUGACACUGAAGGUCAUGGACACUGAUAAGAGAUUUGACAUUUCGAUGGAAAAGCAUUUGAAUAUCCAAUGCUCGAUUGUAGCCAAAGUUUUAGCGCAGAUAAAUUUCGUUGAGUUCUAUUCAUCACGCUUCACUGAUCUGUUAUCCGUUUUUGUCGAUGGUAUAAAUCAAACUUCCAGUCCAACCAAUGGUGUCUACUAUGCGAAUAAGUCAAUUGUUCCUAGAAUUUAAUGGUGUUGAUAAUUAAUGUCCGUCUAUUUUAUUGGCGUUAGACUUAUGCUGACAGAAUAUUUUCACAAGUGUUCAGCAUUCGUGAAGUCGUGUAAUUUUAUAAUAAAAGUUUUAUAAAACUGUCGAUAAAAA